AGGGUUAAAGGUCUACAGGAAGUGUAACCCGGGCGUGUAUAAGACGCUUCCUGUGCUCUUCUUAAAAGAAACAUAUUUUGAAACAUUCAUGGCUUGACGUUACAUAAAGAUACAAGAAGCAAAUAAACAGCAGCCCAAGAUGAACUACGUACCAGGGACGGCAAGCCUCAUUGACGACAUCGACAAGAAGCACCUGGUGCUGCUCCGAGAUGGCAGAACACUGAUCGGUUACCUCAGAAGCAUUGAUCAGUUUGCCAAUUUAGUUUUUCAUCAGACAGUUGAGCGCAUCCAUGUGGGGAAGAAAUUUGGUGACAUCCCCAGAGGAAUAUUCAUUGUGAGAGGAGAGAAUGUGGUGCUGCUUGGAGAGAUAGAUGUGGAUAAGCCCUGCGACACACUCCUGCAGCAGGUCUCCAUUGAAGAGAUUCUGGAGGAACAGCGGUUGCAGCAGCAAGCCAAACAGGAGACAGAGAAAGUCAAAAUGCAGGUCCUGAAGGACCGAGGCCUUUCCGUCCCCAAAGCUGAUAACUUAGACGAAUACUAAUGCCGCCUUGAUUCCAAGAGCCUCUUUCUUAGUUUAUAUUGGACUGAGAUGUUUUAUGUUGAGUUUGAGAGAGCAUGAGAGUGUGGGGUUUUGUUUUUUUUUUUUUUUUUUUUUUGUUGUUGUUUUUUGACAUGGGUGUACAAGGCUGCAUCAUGCUGGGCCUAUAUACUGUAGUGUACUGUAUGAAUUUAAUUUGAAUUAUUUGGAGGGAGAAAAAAAUGUGAUAGCUGCUCUCAGUUUUGCAGAUCAUGACAGCAAAAUGGAAAACUCAUGUGUUUGUCUAAGAUAAUUUUGUUGGCAAUUUAGCAUUUAUUUUACAGCAGCACUUUGUAUUCUGUCACUGAUAUGGUGAGUCUUUUUAUUUGGAGAUAUGUGGGCCUGCUAUUGACAAAAAACUACUUGCUAUGCUCCAUUAAAGAGUUUAGUUUUUCAUUACA